AUGGUUAAUUGCAACUCAAGUACUGUUGUGCCCGGCAUAGAAAAGGAUGUCAAAGUUGCUUGUAACUCAAUGGCUACUGAGAGCUUGGAGAGGAAGCUUUCUGAAAUUUCCUGUAAUGGGGUUCCCUCCAACAUGCCUAAUGGUGGGCAGGCUAGAAAGUAUAUGGAUGAUGAACCAAUUCAAGAAGAGACUCCUAGAAAAGAGAGGGUUCUAUUAAAUGGUCAGGUUGAAGAGAAUGUUGUGCAUGGACAAAAAGAUUUACAUGUAUCUAACGGAAGCUCUGCUGCUCAAGAGGGGCCAGCUCAUUCUGAAAGUUUAGACCAUGAAGAAAAAAAUGAUUCUGAUUUCCAUGGGCAAAAGGAUUUCAUGGAUCAUAGAGAAACCGAGUUGGUUGUUCUGGAAAAUGAAAUCUCAGACCUUAAUGAUAGGUUGGAGGCACUCGAGACUGAUCAGGAUUUUAUUGAGCACAUGCUUUACUCUCUUCAAAAUGGAAAUGAAGGCCUACGGUUUGUUCAAGACAUAGCUCAUCAGCUGCGAGAAUUGCGAAAAAUUGGGACCGCUUUCAGUUGUCAGUCUGUUUCCUAA